AUGGCGGAAUACGACGUGAAGUCUGAACCCAACGGUUACUAUGGGCAAGCUGGUGCCUACGAGGAGGUGGAGACUGGUGAACAAGACAUCACAUCUGAAGACUGCUGGAAAGUCAUCAGUUCCUUCUUCGACAUCAAGAAGUUGGCCUCUAUGCAGAUAGACUCAUUCAACCACUUCAUGCGCUCGGGCCUACAAGAUCUGGUCAACGAAAAGGGUGGCGUCACUUUAGAUCAUGCCCAAAAUGUCGAUGAAAAUGACCCAAAUCCAAUCGUCAUCAAGAGACAUGAGGUCAAGUUUGGCAAGGUUACGCUCAGCAAGCCGAAUCAGGUCGAGCCGGAUGGCACUACAACAGACUGCAUGCCCCACGAAGCACGAAUGCGGAGUUUAACAUACGCAAGUCCAGUCUAUGUCAAGAUGACGCGAAGAACAUACUACGCAAAGGAGCGUCCUUGGGACGAAUAUGACAAAGACUCUGGCGUCAUGAGAGAAGACGGCACCGAACUUUACUGGAGAGAGGGUGAUGAUGAAGAUGACUUCGACAAUGAUAAAGAGGUAUACAUAGGAAAGAUACCCAUCAUGGUGAGAAGCAUGACCUGCCACUUGGUGAGCGAAAAGUUUCAAAGCGAGCGAGAUCUUUUCGCCUGGGGAGAAUGUCCAUAUGACCAGGGAGGCUACUUCAUCAUCAACGGUAGCGAGAAAGUGCUCAUUGCUCAAGAACGAAGUGCCGGAAACAUCGUCCAGGUCUUCCAAAAGGCAGCGCCCUCGCCCUUUACACAUCUCGCAGAGAUCAGAUCCGUCAUCGAUCGCGGCGCCCGCAUGAUGUCGCAGUGCACCGUCAAACUCUUCCGUAGAGUCGAUGGUCCGGACGGCACUAAGAUCGACAACCCGAUUCGAGUUCAGCUACCAUACGUCAAACAGGAUAUUCCUCUCGUUAUUGUCUUUCGAGCGUUGGACAUUGUCUCAGACGCCGAUAUCCUGGAGAAGAUCUGCUUCGACCAGAGUGAUAAAGAGAUGAUGGAUAUGUUGAUGGGCUCACUCCAGGAAGGCCAGGCCAUUCAGGGCGCGGAUCUGGCUCGAGACUUUAUUGCACGCCGAGGUAACAUUCCGACUCUGAAAAGCCAUGAACGGCAGAAGCAUGCCACAGACAUCUUGCAGAAGGAGUUUCUACCUCAUAUUGGACAAAGCCCAGAUGCUACUGCUAGAAAAGCUUUCUUUCUCGGCUACAUGGUCAAUCGAUUGCUGAAAUGCGCUCUCGGUCGCGCAGAGCCGGACGAUCGGGAUCAUCUAGGGAAAAAGCGACUUGAUCUUGCGGGACCAUUGAUGACCAACCUCUUCCGGCUUCAGUUUGACAAAGCUACCAAAGACUUCUACCGCUAUAUGCAGAAGCGCGUAGAAGCGGGCCAGCCCAUCAAUAUCAUGGCAGGCUUCAAGCAUCCUAUUAUCACCAGCGGCCUGAAAUAUUCUUUGGCCACUGGCAAUUGGGGAGACCAAAAGAAGCUGGACAAAGCGAAAGCUGGUGUUUCUCAAGUGCUCAGUCGGUACACUUUUGCCUCUACCUUGUCACAUCUUCGCCGCACCAAUGCUCCGAUCGGUCGAGAAGGUAAAAUUGCUAAGCCCCGUCAACUCCACAACACUCAUUGGGGUUAUGUCUGCCCAGCUGAGACGCCCGAGGGUCAGGCUUGUGGUCUGGUCAAGAACCUGUCGCUCAUGUCGAUGGUUACAAAUACUUAUGAGACUGCUCCACUGGUAAAUUAUAUCCUCACUAAGCAUGUCGAAGCAUUGGAAGACUGGGAACCUCGAUUGAAUCCUCAAGCAACGAAAGUCUUCGUCGACGGUGUGUGGUUUGCGGUAGUCCUACGGGAUCCGAAACGCCUGGUGGAUGACCUGCGCAAGCUUCGGAGAAAGGGCGUCUUCGAUGCUCAGGUGAGUUUGGUUUGGGACAUUCGAGAGAAAGAAUUCAAAGUCAACGGCGACUCGGGAAGAAUUGUCCGCCCCCUGUUUGUGGUUGAGACCGACCCAGCCUCAGAGAACCGUGGCAACUUGGUGCUGAACAAGGAACACAUCAACAAGCUUGAUCAGACUGCUUAUCUGAAGGAAAGCGGCUUCCAGUUCACAGACGAAAUCCGACCAUACGGUUGGAACAAUCUCCUCGAAUCAGGCGUUGUUGAAUACCUUGAUGCUGAGGAAGAAGAGACGGCGAUGAUCAUCAUGACACCUGAGGCCCUGGCCGACUCCAAAGCAAGAUGGAUGGGUAUGGAGAUAGAGGCCGAAGACGAUCCUUUGCGGAGAAACGACCCUCUCCUAAACCCGUUCUCCCAUACCUUCACUCAUUGCGAAAUUCAUCCAAGUAUGAUCUUGGGAGUUUGCGCCAGUAUCAUCCCCUUCCCUGACCACAACCAAUCGCCUCGUAACACCUAUCAGUCUGCCAUGGGUAAGCAGGCUAUGGGCGUCUUCCUCACCAACUUCGACCAACGGAUGGAGACCAUGGCCAACAUCCUCUACUACCCUCAGAAACCUCUUGCCAGAACGAUGGCUAUGGAUUAUCUGAAAUUCCGAGAGCUUCCUGCCGGGCAGAAUGCGAUUGUGGCUAUUGCGACCUACUCAGGCUAUAACCAAGAAGAUUCCGUCAUCAUGAAUCAGAGCUCCAUCGACCGUGGACUUUUCCGUUCGCUGUUCUAUCGUACCUACCAAGACUCAGAGAAGAUAGUCGGCCACUCCGUGGUAGAGCAGUUUGAGAAGCCCACAAGAUCGGACACUCUCCGACUCAAGCACGGUACCUAUGACAAGAUUGACGAAGACGGCAUUGUUGCUCCUGGUGUCCGCGUGAGUGGCGAGGACAUCAUUAUGGGCAAAACUGCGCCUAUGGCACCAGAUGCGGAAGAACUCGGCCAGAGACAGAAACAGCACAUCAAGCGCGACGUAUCGACACCCCUGAGGUCUACAGAGUCUGGUAUUGUUGACCAGGUUCUGCUGACGACAACCAACGAGGGUCAUCGGUUUGCCAAGGUCAGGGUAAGAACUACGAAAGUGCCUCAGAUUGGUGAUAAAUUCGCAUCUCGUCACGGUCAGAAGGGUACCAUUGGUAUUACAUACCGUCAUGAGGAUAUGCCCUUUACACGAGAAGGCAUUGUACCCGAUCUCAUCAUCAACCCGCACGCCAUUCCCUCUCGAAUGACCAUUGCUCACUUGAUCGAAUGUCAACUCUCAAAGGUAGCGACACUUCGGGGUGACGAAGGUGACGCCACCCCUUUCACAAAGGUCACGGUGACGCAGAUUUCCGAGUUGUUGAGGAGAAUGGGCUACCAGUCUCGAGGCUUUGAAGUCAUGUACAACGGGCACACUGGACGGAAACUUGUCGCACAAGUCUUCCUCGGCCCUACGUAUUACCAACGUCUCAGACAUAUGGUCGACGACAAGAUCCAUUCCCGGGCACGGGGUCCCACUCAAAUCUUGACCCGACAGCCUGUCGAAGGUCGUGCUCGCGACGGUGGUCUCCGUUUCGGUGAAAUGGAACGCGACUGCAUGAUCGCGCAUGGUGCCUCGUCAUUCCUCAAAGAACGUCUUUUCGACGUAUCGGAUCCUUUCCGCGUGCACAUUUGUGACAUUUGCGGAUUGAUGACGGUGAUUGCGAAACUCAAGAAGAAUACUUUUGAGUGCAAGAACUGUAAUAACAAGAACCGCAUCAGUCAGAUCUACCUGCCGUAUGCAGCGAAGCUGUUGUUCCAGGAAUUGUGGAGCAUGAACAUUGCAGCGAGACUGUACACCAAAAAGGGUUAG